CAAUAUACUAAAAUGUUUCAGCUAGAAUCAAGUUACCGCCUAGAUUAAUUUCUAGAACUAUAAUUUGCUUAGCGGAUCAAAAUCGAAAUAAGACAGAAAAUAAAAUCAAUGCGCGAACCAGUUUCCGGUUCGCUUGGACCGGGGAAUCGAAUCCCCAAUUUUAAUGAAGUUUCCAAAAUCCCAAGAAAUCAGGUGGCUGACGUGUCAUCUGAGAUAAACGUACACGUGUCUCCUCUUUUUUUUCUCCCGCCAAUACAUACAUUCACCUCAUGAACUCUCUCCCACUCCUCGCACGAAACGAAACCCUAGAGAGAGCGUCUUUAACAAUAUGGAUAAGUCUAACCAUGGCGAUCGAGGGAACAGUCAGCGUUCCAGCUCAGGCGCGAUUCUCAAGAUUCGCCUCGAGAAUUUCAUGUGCCACAGUAACCUCGAGAUCGAGUUCGGCGAGUGGGUCAAUUUCAUCACCGGUCAAAACGGAAGCGGUAAGAGUGCGAUAUUGACUGCUCUAUGUGUCGCAUUUGGAUGUCGUGCCAAGGGGACUCAGCGCGCUUCGACGCUCAAAGAUUUCAUCAAAACUGGUUGUAGCGAUGCACUUGUUCAUGUUGAAAUGAAUAACGGAGGAGAUGAUGCUUUUAAGCCAAAUGUAUAUGGUGAUACUCUCGUUAUCGAGCGCAGGAUCUCUCAUUCCACUAGUUCUACCGUGCUAAAGGAUUCUCAAGGGAGAAAAAUAUCAAACAGAAAGGAGGAGCUACGUGAACUAGUUGAACAUUACAAUAUUGAUGUUGAGAAUCCAUGUGUGAUAAUGAGUCAAGACAAGAGCAGAGAGUUUCUACAUUCUGGAAAUGACAAAGACAAAUUCAAGUUCUUUUAUAAAGCAACCCUUCUUCAGCAAGUCGAUGAUCUUCUUCUUGGUGUUGACACGAAGUUGAAAGCUGCAAGCGCUCUUAUGGAUGAGUUGGAGGAGACGAUAAAGCCAGUAGAGAAAGAGAUCACUGAGUUGCGUGGGAAGAUAAAGACCAUGGAAAAAUUUGAAGAAAUAUAUCAACAGUUGCAGCUUUUGAAAAAGAAACUAGCUUGGUCUUGGGUCUAUGAUGUGGAUAGGGAGCUCAAGGAACAGAGUGAGAAGCUUGUGAAACUCAGAGAGCGAGUGCCUACCUGUCAAGAUAAAAUCGAUCAGAAACUAGGUGAGGUGGAGUCUUUAAGGGAGAAGUUGACCAGUAAGAAAGCUCAAGUUACAUGCCUGAUGGAUGAAUCAACUGCAGUGAAAAGAGAGAUAGAGUGUUUGCGGCAAUCAGUCAAGACGGCUACAAGAGAGAAGGUUGCUCUAGAAGAAGACCAUCGUCAUAAGUGCAAUAACAUCCAGAAGAUUAAAGAUCGUGCUGUGAGGCUUGAACGGCAGAUUAAAGAUAUCGAUGAGAUGACUAUAAGAAGCACACAGGCUGAACAAUCUGAAAUCGAAGAAAACCUGAGUCAGUUGAAGCUAGAGGUUGAGAAGGCUAAAGCAUUGCUUUUCAGUUUGAAAGAAGAAGAGAAGAUGGUAACUGAAAAAGCGUCAGUCAUAGGGAAGGAGAUAGCACUCAUAGAGGAUAAGAUUAGAGACCGUGAAAAGAAGCAAAGGAGCAUAAACACACACAUCAAUGAUCUCAAGAAACAUCAAACAAAUAAGGUUACUGCAUUUGGAGGGGACAGAGUCAUUACCCUUUUGAGGGCGAUUGAGAGACAUCAUCGCAAAUUUAAAAUGCCACCUAUUGGCCCUGUUGGUGCUCAUGUGACAUUGGUCAAUGGUAAUAAAUGGGCUUCUGCUGUUGAACAAGCUCUUGGAAAUCUCCUGAACGCGUUUAUUGUGACCAAUCACCAAGAUUUAAUAACUUUGCGAAGCUGUGGAAAGGAAGCUAAUUAUAACAAUCUGAAGAUCAUCAUCUAUGACUUCUCAAGACCAAGGUUAGUUAUACCAAGGCACAUGGUUCCUCAAACGGAACACCCAACUAUUCUCUCUGUCUUAAACUCUGAGAAUCAUACUGUUCUUAACGUCUUAGUGGAUGUGAUGGGUGUGGAGAGGCAAGUGCUUGCAGAGAGUUAUGAGGUUGGCAAGACAGUUGCCUUUGAGAGAAGGCUUGCACAUCUCAAAGAGGUUUUCACUAUAGAUGGAUACAGAAUGUUUUCCCGUGGACCUGUUCAGACAACUCUUCCUCCCCGUGGUCGAAGACCGACUCGAUUGUGUGCUUCUUUUGAUGACCAAAUCAAGGAUCUUGAAGUAGAGGCUUCAAAGGAGCAAAGUGAGAUACAUGAAAGCAGGAGACAAAAGAGGGAGGCAGAGGUGAAUCUCGAGGAUCUUGAACCUCAAAUGCGCAGACUGAAGGUAGCAUUUAAUAAUCAUUUUGCUGUCUCAUCUGAAACAUUUUGCUUGUUUUUACAAACCUUAAAUAAUCAUUUUGAGUAUAUUUUCUUCUUUGUGUUACAGAGACAAUGCACCCAAAUUGAGAAAGAUUUGACAAGGAAGGAACUUGAGUUGCAGGAUCUGAAAAACUCAGUCGCUGCUGAAACCAAAGCUUCACCUACCUCAAGUGUUGAUGAACUUCGUCUAGAAAUAACGAACUCUCGAGAGGAGAUAGAGGAGAAAGAAUUCUCACUGCAAAAGCUCCAAGACUGCUUGACGGAAGCUGAACUAAAGGCUAAUGAACUUAAAACUGCAUAUGAAAACUUUAUCGAGUCAGCCAAGAGUAAAGUUGACGUCUUUGAGGAAGCAGAGAAUGAGCUAAAGGAGAUUGAAACGGGGCUCCAAUCAGCAGAAACGGAUAAGAACCAUUAUGAAGAUGUAAUGAAGGACAAGGUCUUACCAGAUAUUAAAAUGGCUGAAGCUAAACAUAAGGAGCUUGAAGCCAAGCGGCUGGAAAGUAAUGAGAAAGCUUCCAUAAUAUGUCCUGAGAGUGAGAUAACUGCUUUAGGUCCUUGGGAUGGGUCCACACCUAUUCAGCUUAGUGCUGAGAUUAACAGAAUAAAUCAUAGACUGAAGCGAGAGAGUGACGAGUACUCUGAAUCAAUCGAUGACCUCAGGGUUACGCUCGAGGAAAAAGAACACAAGAUUGGGAGAAAACGCAAAACUUACAAGAGCUUUCGAGAAAAACUGAAGGUGUGCAAAGAUGCGGUAGAUUCACGGUGGAAGAAGCUCCAACUCAACAAAUAUGAUACGGCGAGCAUGUUAACUUGGGGAUUCAACAAACGUUUAGGAAAGAAAGGAAUCAGCGGACAAAUCAAGGUCUCUUAUGAAGACAAAACUUUGUCCAUAGAGGUUAAGAUGCCUCAAGAUGCAACAAGAAGCGGUGUUCGAGACACUAGAGGACUUUCAGGUGGAGAACGGUCUUUCUCAACUUUAGGCUUUACAUUAGCACUGCACGACAUGACUGAGUCCCCAAUUCGAGCAAUGGACGAGUUUGAUGUGUUCAUGGACGCAGUAAGCAGGAAAAUAAGCUUAGACACGUUGGUUGAUUUUGCAUUGGAGAAAGGUUCACAGUGGAUGUUCAUCACUCCUCAUGAUAUCAGUAUGGUGAAGUCACAUGAGAGGAUAAAGAAGCAACAAAUGGCUGCUCCUCGCUCUUAACCUCUUUUUUUUUGUGUAAAUUCAAUCUCACAAACCAUCUAAAAAAAAAUUGUAAAUGGUGAGUGAAUGAGGUUGUUCUGCAAUCAUCAUCCACUUACUAAUCUUAAUUUUUUUGUACCUUUCCAUCCAUAUUUAUUGAAAUUUUUCUUUUUGUCAGCA